UGCGAAAGCAGGGGACGAGUGAGCUGCGGCGCGCGCUCUUGGGGCUGCUGCGGGGGUCGGCCGCUCUCCGGUUUUCUCGGCAGCCUCCUGCACCGUUGGCCGUUGGGCGAGACUGGGAUGUUCCGCAAGGCGCGCCGCGUGAAUGUGCGGAAGCGGAACCAGUCGGAGGAGGAGGACGAAGAGCGGAGCGACGAGCCGCCCCAGUCGCAGCUGCCGCUGCCGCUGCCGCUGCCUCCGCCAGGAGGAGACGGGCCUACGGCGGAGGCCGCUCAGCCGCUUCCGAGACCACCCCUCUUGCCGCUGCCCACCGGCUGCGUCCCUCUCGUCUCUCCCGCUGGCGGCGGGGGUGGGGGGCUCGGGGGCUUCACUUUCGGCGGCGCCGAGGCGGCUGGCCGAGGAAGCCCAGUCUUGACCGGCCCGCCUCCCGUUCUGCCGCCGCCGCCGCCUCCUUUCCACCACCCGCUACCUCCGCAGCAGCCCUCGGCGGGAAACAACGGCUUCGUGUCGGCCGCUGCUAAGGCCAAGGAGCGGAAGGCCAGGAACAAGGAAGCGGCGGGGCCUCAAGCGGCACGUGGGAGCCUCAAGCUGCUCAGCUUCCAAGACGAAGAAGAGGAAGCUGAGGAAGUUUUUAAAGUGAAAAAAUCAAGUUACAGCAAAAAAAUAGUAAAACUGCUUAAGAGAGAAUAUAAAGAGGAUCUUGAAAAAUCUAAGACAAAAGUGGAUUCUAAUUCUUCAGCUGAUGCCGAACAGUCUGUCGACAAAUUGGGGUUGGCUAAAGAUAUACUUCAAGAAGAUGGGGCUGCAAAUAGUGAACAAGGAGAAGAGGAGAUGGAAGUUGAAAGUGAGAAGGAAGAAGAAAAACCAAAAGCUGCAGGAGCUUUUUCAAGUGCUUUGUCUUCUCUGAAUGUUUUACGUCCAGGAGAAAUCCCAGAUGCUGCCUUUAUUCAUGCUGCUAGGAAAAAGCGCCAGAUGGCACGUGAGCUUGGGGACUUCCUACCGCUUGACAAUGAUCCUGGGAAAGGACGCCUUGUUAGAGAAGAUGAAAAUGAUGCCAGUGAUGAUGAAGAUGAUGAUGAGAAACGAAGAAUAGUCUUUUCAGUGAAAGAGAAGUCUCAGAGGCAAAAGAUUGCAGAGGAAAUAGGUAUCGAGGGAAGCGAUGAUGAAGCUCUGGUUGCUGGGGAACAGGAUGAAGAACUCAGUCGGUGGGAGCAAGAGCAGAUACGUAAAGGCAUUAAUAUACCUCAGGUUCAAGCAAGUCAGCCUGCUGAAGUGAAUAAUCUGUAUUACCACAAUACCUACCAGGCAAUGCCUUAUGGUUCCUCUUACGGCAUUCCUUACACGUAUGCUGCAUAUGGAUCUUCGGAGGCAAAGUCUCAAAAAACAGAUAACACAAUUCCUUUCAAAACUCCCAGUAAUGAGAUGGCUCCUGUUUCUAUUGAUUUGGUAAAGAAGCAACUUAAAGACAGGUUGGACUCAAUGAAAGAAUUCCAGAAAGCAAAUCAGCAACAACAUGAGAAGCAUCAGGAAAGCCGUGAUGACUCUAUCAAGACAAUUGAAAACCUGGAAGGGUCCUCUGGGGGUAUUGCUGAACGGUAUAAAUUUCUGCAAGAAAUGCGAGGGUAUGUCCAAGACUUGCUUGAGUGUUUCAAUGAAAAGGUGCCCCUGAUUAACGAGCUCGAGGCAUCAAUGCACCAGCUGUACAAACAGCGAGCUUCGCGCCUUGUCCAAAGACGACAAGAUGAUAUUAAAGAUGAAUCUUCGGAGUUUUCAAGCCAUUCAAGUAAAGCAUUGAUGGCACCAAAUCUUGAUUCUUUUGGACGAGACAGAGCACUGUACCAAGAGCAUGUAAAAAGACGGACUGCCGAGAGGGAGGCUAGAAGAGCUCGUCGCAGACUUGCUAGGGAGCAAUCAGGGAAGAUGACUGAUCACCUUGAAGGCCUUUCUAGUGAUGAUGAAGAAACAUCAACAGAUACUACCAACUUCAAAAUGGAGCGAGAUCGCAUUUUGAAGGAGUCCAGCAAAGUUUUUGAAGAUGUAUUAGAAAACUUUUACUCCAUUGACUACAUUAAGACACAGUUUGAAGCCUGGCGUUCCAAGUAUUUCUCUACUUACAAGGAUGCAUACAUUGGCCUUUGUCUACCGAAGCUGCUUAAUCCUUUAAUAAGAGUUCAGUUACUUACUUGGAAUCCUUUGGAGGACAAGUGCCAGGAUUUUGAAAGCAUGUUAUGGUUUGAAUCCUUGCUGUUUUAUGGAUGUGAAGAACAUGAACAAGAGAAAGAUGAUGCUGAUGUUUCACUGUUGCCUACCAUAGUGGAAAGGGUGGUUCUGCCUAAAUUAACAGUGCUUGCUGAAAAUAUAUGGGACCCCUUUUCUACAACACAAACAUCUAGAAUGGUAGCCAUUACCCAAAAAUUAAUAAAUGGGUAUCCUUCUGUGAUACAUGCAGAGAACAAAAACACACAGAUGUUACUGAAAGCCCUUUUGCUUAGAAUGAGAAGAACACUUGAUGAUGAUGUAUUCAUGCCUCUUUAUCCCAAAAAUGUUUUAGAAAACAAGAAUUCUGGUCCUUAUUUGUUUUUCCAGAGACAGUUUUGGUCUUCAGUAAAGCUACUGGGAAACUUUCUGCAGUGGCAUGGAAUCCUAUCCAACAAAACGCUGCAAGAACUAUCAAUAGAUGGCCUGCUAAACCGAUACAUCCUUAUGGCUUUUCAGAAUUCUGAAUGUGGAGAUGACAGCAUUAAGAAAGCUCAGCAUGUAAUCAGCUGCUUUCCUAAACAGUGGUUCACUAAUCUUAAAGGAAAUAAAACAAUAUCACAUUUAGAAAAUCUCUCUAGAUACCUUGUUCAUCAUGCUGAUACUAUAUAUCGAAACAGCAUUGGAUGCUCUGAUGUAGAAAAAAGAAAUGCAAGGGAGCAUAUAAAACAGACAAUAAAACUUCUAGCAAGUAUUCGAGCUCUGGACCAUGCUGUAGUUGUUGCAAAUGAGCAUAAUAUGAAAGAGCUAAAAAUUUUAAUUGAAGGGAAAUAAAUGCUGUUAGAAUUCUGGACUUCAAAGAUCAUUCCUGAAGUGUAAUUUUGUACAUAUGUAAAGUUUUCUUAAAUCUGUAAACAAUUGGCUGUUUUUAAUACAAGUGCGUUCUUAUACACAAUGUCUGUAACUAGUAUUUGUGUCAUCAAGAAGCUGGAAAGAGAAUCCAGGAAAACUUUCAUCUGCAUCUUGUUUACAAACUUUUAUACCCCCAUCGUGGCCAUCGCUUCACUUAACUGUCCAGUAGGUAACUGGAAAUUGUAUUACAAAAUUCAUUAACAGUUUAGAUGGAAAUAUGUAUAAUGCAGCAGUUUUUAUUUGAAAUAAUAGUAUCAUCUUUCAAAAGAAGUAUUUGAGUUGCUGAAAUUUGGUAAUAAAAUGAAGUGUGCUGUUCAAAAUUAAAAUGUGAAUGUACUAUGAGCCCUCAAAAGUAAAAAAGCUUCCAAAAUACAAGUGUUAUUGGACAUAGGUUUUAUAGCUUGCAGAAACAGCUGAAUGUUAGCAGAUGCAUUUAGUUAAUACUGUUUUAUUUUUAAAUCAAUUAAUGACAAUGGUGUCUCCAUAUAUCAAUGAAAUGUCCUUGAAGUGAAAAUAUUUCAGCCAUGCACUUUGGAUUCUCAUUCUGAAAACAAAACCCCACUAAUAGAGAUGUUUAUGGUAUAUAUAAAUUUUUAAGUUCCUUUAUCUUGUAUCAAGAGUAUAUUUCUCACAAGUUUCAUAAUUCAGAAUUAGCCAAGCCCUCAACCCACAUGCUGCUUAUGUCAUGUACAUAUUGAAUAUUCCAGAAAGUUACUUCAAUUCUUAAUAAAAAUUUUAAGAAUAAACCUACCCUUAAGAGCCAUGUGACUUCUGAAGAGCACUGUCCUUGUCAGGGUGGUUGAUAGCUUUGUUUAUCUUAAGGUGUAUUUCUUUGUUUGAAAAAAGCAGCAGUUAGAAUACUGAAUAACAAUGAAUCAUUGUCUUUCAUGAUGCUCUUUGUCACGUGAUGUAAAGAAAAUAUUAAAUGUACAGUCUGCUUUUUGGA